UACCUAUAGUUAAAAUAGUUUCUAACUAAUUGGUCAAUUAAUUUAGGCCAUUUUAUAGUCGGGCUGGUAGUUACUCGAAAAUGAAUUUACGCACGUGCGCGUUUGCUGUUUUGGUUUCGUUGUGCUUAUUCAAUUUAGCAAACCCGUACAUCGUCCGCAACCACCCAUGCUGCCAAGAGCCGGCGGAGAACGUGAGCCUGGCGCUACUCAUCGACGCCUUCGAGGUGUACGGCCACGACCCCACAGACAAGCUGGACCACCUCGCCCACUACCAGAUCGAGAUGAUGAAGGUCAAGCACGCGCCGGAUCAGUACGUAAUAAAUGAACAUAUCCACAUAGCAACUGAUCACUUGGGAAGGUUUAUCAAUUUGCACAUAAAAGAAUUAAAGGUGCUCCUGAUAGCGCUGGACGACGUGAUCGACAACAUGCUGACGAUGUACGACAACCACAACGCCAUCAAGACGGAGCGCGUCGCCACAUACAACGCGGCCGGCGGCGGCGCCGUGCCCGCAGAGUUCUACAUCAGCCAAGAGUUCUACUGCGGCAAGAACGUGUACUUAUUCGUGUCGGAGCUGUACAGCGACAUCUACAGCAUGGGUCGCGGCCCGGCGCCCUACUGCAAGGACCGCGGCUUCCACUUCCUCGGCUUCGUGCACUUCAUGGACGACACCAAGUACUACCUGGAGGAGGACCCCGGCGUGGUCUUCCAGAUGGACAACUAUAUGCACGGGCUGGAGUGUCAGUUGGAUGUGUGUAUAUUCAGGUUUCCGUUCAAGAAGGGUCUGCAGCACGUCCGCGACGUGUCGACGAUGCCCAAGGCCAUCGUGAAGUGCGGCACGGAGACGUACAAGCUGCCUCCGCUCACCGCCGCCGCCUGCCUCAUCACCUCCGGCAGCUUCAUACUCGACUUCAACAUACAAGGCAUACGGUUCCGGCAUUACGAUUAUAUGCUGUUCCUCCCGAACGGCCACUACUACUAUACGAAGGAGAGACAGUCGCCUCUCAUGUGCGACCAUCACGUUUGUGAGUGGAAUAACACCAACUUCUUCGGUGGUCCGUUCAUCCCGCCGGGCGAGCCGGGCUGGGGCCUGGCGCCGCCGCCCGUGUUCGUGGAGCGGACCACGGAGUACGUCCGCCCGCCCGCCAGCGAACGACCGCCUUCGCACUAUGACUACGAGAACAUCACUUACUCGCUGGACGGUUGCUGGUUCAUGUUCCCGCCGAACUACGGGUCCAUAGCCGGCGUCAGCUACCUCGACCCGCUCACCGUCAACGAGUACCGGUACACCUGCUCCGGCAACACCAACCUCAACAAGGGUCUAUACUGGUACCCGCAAUGGAUGGGUGUACCGCCGCACCACCCCUACCCGCAGGCGGCGGACAUGCCCCUCAGUGGUGCCAACGGAGUGUACUAUCCGCACCUACAGCAGCUUACUAACGAGCAGAUAUAACCUGACGAAUAAAAGAUUUCCUUUGUUGUUAA